GGCGCUGCUUGGAUAUGUGUUUUGACGUUUGGCAUGCUGAAUAUGAAACCUGUAUUUCUAUAGAAAUCGACAGCUUCUAAAAGAGUAUAAAAAAGAGAGUGUUUUCAAAAGAAAUAAAUACACCAGUUUACGUAGUUUAUCAAGUCUGUUUAUUUAGGUUUUCUGCAGCCAUGGGAGGUAACGAAAGUACUGUUAGAAAGGUGUCGUUUGCCAUGGAUGAAGAGGACAAAGUCAGGGUGCUGCCCGCCGGCGUUAAGUUGUCAGAUGCUGUUAUACAACGUGCAAAAGAUCGGUCUCAUUCCUUACCUGAGUCAAAGCCACCCCCUUCAGAAAGGAGUGAGGGGGGUCCAAGUGCAACAGGUCCUUCUAAAUCACAAGAAGGUCGCUCAGGCAAAACAUACACAGAACGAGAAGAGGAGCUGUACCGAAGGUAUGAAAGAGAACAAGCACUGGUACAAGAGGAGCUGGCCAGAAUUGCUCAAAGAGAGAGAGCAGCUGCCAGGGAGAACCUGAACUUUGCCAUUUUACAAGAAAGAGCUUCCACUGUCGAAGAGAUUCAAAAGGCCAAAGUUCUCCCUGCUGAUUUGGAUGCUUGGGCUAAACAGUUGGAAAAGAAAGAAGCUGAGCUGAAACGGUUGGAUACUUUUUAUAAGGAACAGCUGGCACACCUUGAGAGGAAGAAUGUGGAGUAUUACAAGCUAACAUCUGAGCAGUUCCAUGAAGCUGCCAAUGAAGCAGAAGCCCAUAUAAAAAAGAGAAGAACUGAACCUUUGUGUUCAGACUUGCAGUCGGGGAUCCUAAAGUGUUACAGAGACAAUCAGCAGCAAACACUAAACUGUUCUGACUUAGCAAAGGAGUACAUGCAGUGCAUCAACGCGGCUAAAAAGAAGCUGUUGGUGAAUCACGGAUAGAAAUGGCUGCACACCAGAACUUCAGGAAGGGGUCCAGUUUUGUUGGUGCAGGUUUAAUUGGUUUGGAAGAGCCUCUACAAGAGAAUAAAGUACAACACUCUGUCAGCAUUUCAGAGCAGGCAUCUUUCAUUUUCUCUCUUGAUUACUUUAAUUUCACUUUGGUCUGUACCUUCAUUCUUCUGAGAUUAAUGUAACCACUGAGUAAGAAAAUAAAAAAAAAUACCAAAUGAUACUUAAAGAAAA